AGGUGUAGGCGACAACUGUUUAUAGGUUGCUCGAUCAGGCCAAAUAACCGAUUUUGAGUCUGCCUGAGAUUGCCAUAAGACCUUCUCCCUAUGGAGCAAUCAAUGAAUUCCGGUGAAAUAGAAGAUCUACGUGACCAAAUUUUCCUGGUAAAAAGAGGAUCUCUCUUCUUCUUCAUUCUCAAGAGGAAUGCAUCAACAAAACUUCCCUUCCAUAUAGAUCGUCGUGGCAUGAACUUAUUUCUUCGCUUCGAUUCCGCCCCUAAAGCUAGCUCCUACUCCUCCUCUAACAAAGAUCUAUUGUGUUAUAUUAUACUGAUUGCCAGUGACGAUGGCCAUAUAACUAAUUCAACAUUUGUAAUGUGCCAUAUAACUGACCUCCCACUAUAAUUUGUGGAUUUCCUUAAAAAAAAUUCCCUUUUGGGAUUGGAUUUAGUAACUAAAUAUUCAAUUUGCUUAGUCAAGUAUCAGCAUAUAUAUAUGAAAUAAAUGCACAAGCAAAUGAGAUAUAUCACAAAUUAGGUUUGACAUAGUUAUCUUAUUUGUUCUCUAGUUUAUUGACAACUUUGUAUACGUGUCAUAUUUGUCCAGUUUCUGCAAUUACAGAUCAAGAAUGGAAAUAGAAGUUGCUGAUCUCACAAAUAAGCACAUGAAACCUUCUGUGGCAGAUAGUGAAACAACAGAGAAUAAUAUCGAAGUAGCAAAGGAUGCAGAAGAAGAAAAUGCUUUGAUUCCCGUCCCUAUGGCUUCUGAACAGAUGGAGGCGGAGAUUGCCAAUAUUCUUGACAAGAUGAACCAUUUCACUCAGCAGGUAUCUGAACUGCUGGAGUCAGGGAAGUCCAUGCUUAAGGAGCUGAGUUAUGAAUUUGAAGAACGGUUGAUUCAAAUACACAAGGAACAGAUGGAAAAGUGGCAAGAAGAGAUUAAGGAACUGCGUUCACUUGACACAGCAAAUGAGGAGGCUGAUGCUCUGUUGCUAAAUGCUAAAUAUCUACUUCAGAAUGUCCAUGGUGAAUCCUGAGCUUAUGCCGUAGUUGAAUGUAACUUUUCAAGAGGAGCAUAAGAGUACCUUAAAGGAACUUCUUUGAUGAAAAGCUGCUUACUUAGUUUACCAUGUGAUAAAGAUACAACCUAAAGAACUUGGUGCUGGUUCAUUUGCACGUAAUAUUGCAGUUUGUGUGGGGAACUCUUUGGUGCAAUUUAUAGUUGAAAAUUGAAAUGCCUUUUUCCGAGAUAAGAUUCUUCUAACUUUGUCACCAAUCUGAUGUCUUAUGCCAUAUAUGCAGCCACGCUAAGUUGUUUCUAGAAUUCUUCCUCUCUCCACGUAUGUUUCUGUGUUUAACUGGUCCAAGUAGAGGGCCGUUAGUGAAUUAGGGAAAAUAUGAAUAUAUGAUACAAAAAGGAAACAGUGAAGGAGAGUUUUUGACCAAUAUUGUCCCUUAUCUUUGAGGGUAGGUCUAUUUUGGUCCCUCAAAUAUAACCGUUAGCAUAUUUAGUCCCUUAAGUAUGCUAAAGCGGAGCACCUUUAGUCUCACUGACACAAUAUGUUAAAAAACUAACGGUGUUACCCAACUCUGAUUCAUGAAGCAAAUCUUCUACUCAGAAGCAAAACGCUUCCUCUCCUUUUACUGGAUAAUGCAAAUUAUCACUUUAAUUCCUCAUUUUUAGAUAAUGUCUUCUAAAAUUUUGACCUUGAAAAUACAA